GAAAAACGUUGGCUUUCAUUUUGACUUUGGCAUGUUGUUGUCUGGCGCUUGCACACUAGUUAUUUGUUCACAUUUACCACAAAUAAUGACUAGAAACCUAACCUGCAACUAGACUGUUGAAGUAACUUCUGGAACGGUUUGUUUCCUUCUCUUUCCUCCACCCCCUUAAGACUUUUUGUCUUGUGGGAUUUGUUCGCAAUCUGCUAGAUGAAGCUCUAAGGCAAGUUUGCCAGAUCUAGGGCUGCAUCAUCGUUCAGCACAUCUGGAAGUGGUUUAUGGGCUCUCAUUCCUUCAGUGCCGUGUCUGGACUCUCUGCUAUUCCUCAGCAGCAGAGAGAAAAGAAAACCAGCACAACUCCAAAGUAAACUUUGAAGAGUUUGAAAAAGGAAUUGAGUCUUAAAACUGUUUCUGUGCCCUGUAAGGCCCUUGUACAGGGGACUUUAAAGGAGGACGAUGGGCAAGGAAGCUUUGGCAAGAAUGCUUACAUCUGUGGGCUAUCUAGGAUCCAAGUAAAAAGCUCUUCAGGAGAAAGGAGUCCCGAAUACUGUGCUGCUUUGAAGAGACCACAGUUCAUAUCCAACAGAACAUAUGGCUCUUUUAAAGAAAAUUAACCAGAUCUUACUGUUACUUCUUGUCUUAACUGUAUGUGCAAUUCUGUACAACAAAGUUCACAAAGUGCCAUCUGCAUUAAAGAAUGAAGCAGUUGACUUGGAGAGUCCUGAGGAAAUGGAAGAAGAAAUCCCAGUCGUAAUCUGUGCUGCUGCAGGCAGAAUGGGUGCAGCUAUAGCAGCAAUCAGUAGCAUCUACAGCAACACGGAGGCUAAUGUUUUGUUCUACAUAGUUGGGCUGAAGAACACCAUCCCUCAUAUUCGAAAAUGGAUUGAAAAUUCUAAACUGAAAGAAAUAAAAUUUAAGGUUGUGGAAUUCAACCCCAUGGUACUAAAGGGCAAAAUCAGGCAAGAUGCAUCACGACCUGAACUACUGCAGCCUCUGAACUUCGUUCGAUUUUAUCUUCCUUUGCUUAUCCAGAAACAUGAGAAAGUCAUAUAUUUGGAUGAUGAUAUCAUUGUUCAAGGUGACAUCCAGGAACUCUAUGAGACUAAGUUAGCUCCUGGACAUGCUGCGGCUUUUUCAGAUGAUUGUGAUCUACCUUCUACACAUGAAAUGGUUAGAAGUGUAGGCAUGCAGAACACAUACAUGGGAUUCCUGGACUACAGAAAGCAAGCAAUUAGAGAUCUUGGCAUCAGCCCCAGCACCUGCUCCUUUAAUCCUGGCGUAAUUGUUGCUAACAUGACUGAAUGGAAACAUCAGCGGCUUACAAAGCAGUUGGAAAAGUGGAUGCAAAGAAAUGUAGAGGAAAACCUCUACAGCAGCACCCUCGGGGGAGGUGUGGCAACCUCUCCAAUGCUGAUUGUAUUUCAUGGAAAGUAUUCUGCUAUUAAUCCUAUGUGGCACAUACGGCAUCUUGGCUGGAGUCCCGAUACCCGUUAUUCGGAACAUUUCCUUCAAGAAGCUAAAUUACUUCAUUGGAAUGGGAGAUAUAAACCUUGGGACUAUCCCAGUGUUCACACCGAUCUCUGGGAAAAUUGGUUUAUUCCUGACCCUUCAGGGAAGUUCAAAUUAACUCGUCCUGACAGCUGAUACUGAAAACACUUAAAUGCAUUUAUACUUUGUUUUGCAGCAUGCAAUAGUUUGAGAAGCAACAUGUCAAAAUGUAUAAUUAACUGAUUUUAGAGAACUAAGUAUUUCUUAAAUAUUGUCAUAAAAUGACCAUCCGUUUUGAGGGCUUAUGGGUGGAGAGGGAGGUGGGAGAGUUAGUUACAGUUCAGAUUAUCCUGACUUUCAAAUAAGGUGAGGAAACAAGUUUACUCGACAAUGAAAUACUUUCAUUAAAUAUUUACAGAGGUGAAAUCAGA